AUGGCAACAAAACCAACUUAUUCCGAAGCCCAGUUGGAAACAUACCUGAAGCGCAUUGGAUACUCCAAGUCCGCUGGGUCAGAGACUCGUCUCCUCCAACAUGUGCGCCAGAAUAUAGAGAAAGAUGCACAUGCAACGCUAUGUGAUCUCCAACGACGACAUCUCACUGCUAUUACUUGGGGUAAUUCGGAACUGCAUUACUCGCGGCAUCAUACUAUUUCAUUGGACCCGGAGACUCUUUUCGAGAAGAUGGUUGAGAGACGGCUUGACGGGUAUUGCAUGGAGAACACGGGUUUGUUUCUCAUUAUCCUGCGGUCUUUGGGGUACUUUGUUUAUCCCACUGCUGGCCGAGUCGCUCAGGCUGCGGAGACGGGUGUAGAUACUGGGUUAUUCUUUUCAAUGGCGCAUAUGAUUCUGAUUGUGAAUAUUGACGGGAAGAAGUAUAUGGUUGACGUCGGCUUUGGGAAUAACGGUGCUACUGCCCCGCUGCCGCUGGAAGAGGGUGUUACUGCUACGCACAUUGCGCCGUCUGAGAUGCGCCUGGUCAAGGAAAACAUCAUCGAAUUCACGGAUCCAACACAGAAGGUCUGGAUCUACCAGACAAGAUACAACCCCGAGAGCACCUGGCUGUCUCAGAUCUGCUUUUCCGAACAGGAAUUCUUGCCUCAGGAUUUCGGAGUCAUGAACUUCUCCGUCAGCAAGAACCGGGCCAGCUGGUUCACCCAGAGGUUUAUCUGUGUACGAUUUCUCAUGGACGAAAGUGGGAAAGAGAUCGUAGGCCAGUGCAUCAUGUCGGGCAAAGAAGUCAAGCAAAGAGUGCGCGGGCAAACGGAGGUCUUGCAGGUGAUGCAGAACGAAGAUGACCGGGUCAAGGCCUUGGCCAAGUACUUCGAUAUGCACCUUCGCGCGAGCGAGAUUCAAGGUAUUCGUAACUUGCCCUCGCAGCUCAAAUAG